AUGGAGGGCUCAAGAGGGUUGCCACUGCCACCUAUUUAUGAUCAUCAUCAUCAGCAGCAGCAGCUUCAAAUCUCCUUUUCUGCUCAUAAUCAUCAAGAAAUGGUGGGUUUUGUACAGUUUGAGGAUCAUCACAAUCAAGUCCUCAGCUUCUUGGUGCCGCCUCCGGAGGCGGCGACCAUGGGCGGCGCCGGCGCAGCUGUUAAGACAGCUGCUGGCGCCUGUAAUAAUAAUGGCUCCUUAGGGUUCAAUAAUAAUCCAAAUCCAAAUGGGCUUCUGAACACAACUACUUCUUGGAGUAACAACCUGCAGGUUGGGGAAGGAGCAGAAGAAGUUUGCAAGGCUCAUCAUGUUAAUCAUGAUGAUGAUGAUGAUGAUGAAAAUUGCGGUGCUAAUAACAAUAUUAGCGAGAUCAGUGCAACCAAUUCAUGGUGGAGGAAUUGUAAUUCAUCAUCAUCAGAGAAGAGCAAAUUAAAGAUAAGGAGAAAGCUAAGAGAGCCAAGAUUUUGUUUUCAGACAAGGAGUGAUGUGGAUGUGCUUGAUGAUGGCUACAAAUGGAGGAAAUAUGGCCAGAAAGUUGUCAAGAACAGCCUUCAUCCUAGAAGUUACUACAGAUGCACAUAUAGCAACUGUCGAGUCAAGAAAAGAGUCGAGAGGCUGUCAGAAGAUUGCCGGAUGGUUAUAACAACCUAUGAAGGCCGACACAACCAUUCUCCUUGUGACGAUACUAACUCCUCCGAUCACGAGUGUUUCACCUCAUUUUAA